AUGUCAAAGAAUUCACGUUCAUCUUCUACAGCAGUUAAUUCAUCUCAACGAAAUUUACAUAAUCCUCUUAUGAGAACUCCUGUUUCAGAUAUCUCUAACAGAUCUCCUCUUUCAGAUAUCACAAAUGUUACUUCACCGAAUGAAAGACGUAAGCUUCGAAAAUUAAUACUUGAUAAUAAGAAAUUAAAGAAUGCGUGGUCAUCAUCAGCUGCUAAUUCAUCUCAACGAAAUUUACGUAGUAAGAGUCCUCUUAUGAGAACUCCUGUUUCAGAUAUGUCUAACAGGUUUCCUCUUUCAGAUAUCACAAAUUAUUAUUUGGACCAUGGUGACCAAGUGCUUACAUGUCAGCUUUGUAGUGCAAAGUUAUGGGCAUCGGAAGGUGGAAAAGGUCAUUUAACUUUAAAUAAGCUAUGUUAUGGUAUGUGUUGUGGGUAUGGUAAAGUUCAGCUACCGCCUUUAAAGGAUGCACAUCCGUCUUAUCAAAAUUUGUUUUCUUCCUCAAAUGCAAAAAGCAAGUUCUUCCUGAAGAAUAUAAGACGAUACAACUCUAUGUUCUCUUUUACAUCUAUGGGUGGAAAGCUUGAUUCUAAUAUCAACAAGGGCAAUGCUCCAUUUAUAUAUCGUAUCAGUGGCCAAAACUAUCAUUGCAUGGGGAGUCUCAAACCUCCAGCUGGAAAUGAAGCUAAAUUUUGUCAGCUAUACAUACAUGAUACUGAAAAUGAAAUAACAAACAGACAGGCAUUAUUCAGCAAAAGAACCAAACCUUCAUCGCCUGCUGAUAAAGAACUUGAUGUUGAAAUGAUAAAGUAUUUGAGGGCUUUAUUAGAUUCACAAAAUAUGUUGGUUAAGACAUAUAGGAUGGUCAGAAACCAUUUUCACCAAUCUCCAGAUGCCAACCUUAGUCUUCGACUAAUUUAUAGAAGAGAAAAAGACGGCAGGAUAUAUAACUUACCCACCACAUCUGAAGUUGCUGCUUUAGUUGUCGGAGACAUAGAUAAAGCUAUAGACCAUCGUGAUAUUGUUGUCCAGACGCAGUCAGGAAUGCUGCAGCGUAUUAGCGAAUUACACCCAUCGUAUCUUGCUCUUCAAUAUCCGUUACUUUUUCCAUAUGGUGAUGAUGGUUAUAGAGUUGAUAUUCCUCAUAGAGAUUUUAUGCGAAGGUUGUUACAACAAUUUUUGGUUGAUGCGUACACAAUGAUUGAGAGCGAAAGACUAAAUUACAUUCGUAGGCAACAAGCGAACCUUCGCUCUGAAACAUUUGAGAAUCUUCAAAAGUAUAAAUCUAAAGGUAAGGAAGUUUUAACAGAUACUGGAAAGCCUGUUAUACUUCCUUCUUCAUUUACUGGUGGUGCAAGAUACAUGCAACAAAAUUACCUCGAUGCAAUGGCCUUAUAUUCAACCAUCAAAGCCGAAGACAUGCAUGACAUAUUAUGUCGAUUGUUUAAAAGGAAGCUUGAUUCCUUAAUCAAAGAUUUUAAGGAUUCCAAGUAUUUUGGUGAGAUUAAUGCUGUUGUUUAUACAGUAGAAUUUCAAAAGCGUGGUCUUCCUCAUACACAUAUAUGCUUAUUCAUGAAGGUCGAUCACAAACUUCCAACCAUUGAUCAUAUAGAUCCAUUUAUUUCUGCUGAGAUUCCCGAUAAAGAAGAAGAUCCUGAACUUUAUUCUCUUGUGACUGAUUAUAUGAUUCAUGGUCCGUGUGGGAAUGAUAAUUUGAAUUGUCCUUGCAUGGUUGAUAAAAGAUGUUCAAAAAACUUUCCGAAGAAAUUCACACCACAUACAACUAUUGAUUCAAAUGGUUUUCCUGUAUACAGAAGAAGAGAUUCUGGUCAUACAGUUAUAAAAUCUGGUGUUAGAUUAGACAACAGAAAUGUUGUUCCUUAUAACAAAAGGCUUUUGAAAAGAUAUCAAGCACACAUUAAUGUUGAAUGGUGUAAUCAAGCCGGUUCAGUGAAAUAUUUGUUCAAGUACAUCAAUAAAGGUCCUGAUAUGGCUACUGCGGUAGUUUCUGGUGAUACAAGUUCAACCAUCAAAGAAAAGCCAAAAGACGAGAUCAAGGAGUAUUAUGACUGUAGAUAUAUUUCAGCUUGUGAGGCAUCCUGGAGAAUAUUCUCUAAUGAGGUUCACUAUAGGUAUCCUGCUGUUAUGAGGCUUCCUUUUCAUUUGCCCGGCCAACAGAAUGUUGUGUAUGGUGCUGAUGACGAUAUUGAUAAUGUUUUAAGCAAGCCUUCUGUUGCUUCUUCAAUAUUUAUGCAAUGGAUGAAGUUGAACGAGACAAAUGAAGAUGCUAGAAAGCUGACUUAUGUUGAGUUUCCUUCCAAAUUUGUUUGGAUACUUAAAGAUAGAUGUUGGCAGGUACGUAAGUUGUACCAGUGUGUUGGCCGGAUUCAUUCUGUAUCUCCUGCUUUGGGCGAACCUUAUUUUUUGAGGAUACUACUGAAUAAAGUUAAAGGACCUAGAUCAUUUGAGGAGAUACGUACAGUUAACGGUCAAUUAUUCCCGACUUUUAGAGAUGCUUGCUAUGCGAUGGGACUUUUAGAUAAUGACAAUGAAUACGUUGAGGCCAUUAAAGAAGCAAGUUUUGAAGGACAUGCUGGGUAUCUUCGAGCGUUAUUUUCUACCCUGCUUUUGUCAAAUACUCUAUCUCGGCCAGAAUUUGUUUGGAAGAAUACGUGGAAAUACUUAGCUGAUGUUAUUGUUUAUAGACGUCAAAAAGAAACAAAUAUUUCAGGUUUAGUGCUUCCUGAACAUCAGAUUAAGAACUUUACUUUGUUGAAAAUUGAAAACUAUUUAAUUUCCAAUGGUUCAUCAUUACGAAGGUUUGGCACUAUGCCGUACCCUGAUGAUGAUUCCUUACGUGAUGCUUCUAAUCGUCUGAUCAAUGAAGAGCUGUCACAUGACCUAGAUGAAUACAAGCUGAGUUUAACAGGUUGCAUCAAUCUCUUACAGAUGAACAACGAGCGAAACGGAAUAGUUUUAAAUGUGGCUUCAAGUGGUAUUGCGUCGUUAUUACUUUCCCGUGGAAGGACAGCUCAUUCUCGGUUCCAUAUUCCCAUUAAUCUAACAGAAGAUUCAAUGUGCAAUAUUAAGCCAAAUAGUGAUAUUGCGAGAUUAUUAAAGGAAACCCAAUUAAUAAUAUGGGAUGAAGCACCGAUGGUACACAAACAUGCGUUUGAAGCUUUAGAUAGGACCAUAACCGACGUAUUUUCGGAAGGUAGGAGUAUUCGUUCGGAUAUUCCUUUUGGUGGUAAAGUUGUUGUAUUUGGUGGUGACUUUAGACAAAUACUACCUGUUAUUCCUAAUGGUACUAGAUAA